AUGGCCAAGAAGAUUGUCAUCAUCGGCGCCGGCGUGUCGGGCCUGACAAGCGCGCUCCUGCUCUCGCGGGACAAGGACUACUCCAUCACCGUCGUGGCCAAGCACAUGCCCGGCGACCUCGACGCCAUGUACGCCUCGCCCAUCGCGGGCGCAAACUUCCUUCCCAUGUCCGACCGCGAAAACUCCCAGUACGAGGCCCGCACCCUCCCCGAGCUGCAGCGUCUGGCCACGCACGUCCCCGAGGCCGGCAUCCACCACCAGCGCGCGCGCCUGUACCGGCGCGAGGCCGACAUGCCGACCCUGCGCAAGGGCAGCAACGGGUUCAACGGCAUGUUCGUCGAGGACCCUUGGUACAAGGACGUGGUGGACAACUUUGUCGAGCUCGAGGUGACGCCCGAGAUGAAGGCGGGCGGGAUCGCGGGCGGGUGCGAGUUUGACAGCGUGUGCAUCAACACCCCCGUGUACCUGGGCUGGCUGGUUGGGCAGUGCCGGGCGAACGGGGUCGUGUUCAAGCGCGGGAGCGUCAGGAGCCUGAGCGAUGCCCGGAGGUGGUGGAGCUCGAGCGAGAAGGCGUUUGCCGAGAAGAGGCAAGGGGAAGAAGGGCUGGCGGAUAUCGUGCUCAACAUGACGGGCCUCGGGGCGCUCAAGCUUGGCGGCGUGAUGGACGAGGGGAUGGUGCCGAUGCGCGGGCAGGUCGUGGUCGUGCGCAACGUGGCGCCCGUCAUGUUUGGCACGUCGGGCACCGACGACGACGACGAGGAGCUCACGUACGGCAUGACCCGCGCCGUCGGUGGCGGGACCGUCCUGGGCGGCACAUACCAGCGCGGCAACUGGGACAGCCAGCCGGACCCGGCGACGGCGCUGCGCAUCAUGCAGCGGUCGAUCGACACGGUGCCGGAGCUGCUCAGGGACACGGGCAGGAAGGACGUCACGGGCCUGGACAUCAUCAGGCACGCGGUGGGCUUCCGGCCGUACCGCGAGGGCGGCGUCCGCAUCGAGAAGGAGAAGAUGGCGGACGGCAGCUGGGUCGUGCACAACUAUGGCCACUCGGGAUGGGGAUACCAGGGGUCGUACGGCUGCGCGGAGCAGGUCGUCCGACUGGUCAAGGAGGUGGCGACGGACAAGGCCAAGCUGUAG